ACGAGUUAGACGGUGAAACGAGGAUACCGAUUUUUUGGAUUUUUGGAGUAAUCCAAAGCCCUCGAAAUCAAAUAAAAAUUAGUAAACAAAAUUAAUUUAAGUAGUGGAACAAUUUUCAAUCGAGUUUAAAAAAGGAACCUUAGCGGGAAAGCCACAUUUUUAUAAUAAAAAAAGAGAAAAAAAGCACACACAUGCAGACAGCUAACUAACAUCAACUAAUACCAAGAAAAAGUACAGUGGUGUGGAUAAUUAAAGAAGAAGAAGAAGUAGCAGCGGCAGAGCAAUAGAGUGGUGAGAAAAAAUACCACAAAAAUUGUUAGAAAGGGAGAGAAAGAGAGAGAAAAAGGCAGCAAUGAGCACGAAAAUAAAAUGAUAAUUGAACCAAAGUCGAACGAGUGAAGUGGUGGUAAGACACGGAAUACAUAAAAAACAAAAAAAAAAAAUCAAUCUUGGUGUAACAACAACAAAGAAAAGAGAAUUUAUCAAAGCAAAAAGAAGAUAAGUAAUCAUGGUGUAAGAUAAAAAAAAUAUCGAUUCGUACAUAUCGAUGUAUUAAAAAUCGUAAAUUUUAAAAAAGCCAAAACAAAAAAAUAAGAUUUAAAAAUUUAAUUAGUGUUAAAAAGUUUGCUACUUUUGCCUACUUUCCCCCUUUAAAAAGUACUCGGUACAUAACAACAAUUCAAGAUUUAAACGUCACAAUCAUCAUCAGCAUUGUCGUCGUCUUCGUCGUCAACAUCUACAAUAGAUGGUAAAAGCAAACAAGAAAAGAGGAUAUCCAACCAUAUACGCCUUGAAUUGUGGAUUAUUUUUUACAGCAACAUCUAUAGGAAAUAUAACCAACUUGGAUAACAACAUUUAAUUUUGUAACACUCUAAAUUCGGAUUAACAGUCGAUUAAAUAACAAAAGAGACUCUUUUUGUGCUCUUCUUAUACAUAAAUAUGCGGGAAUAGAAAAAGAUUGUAUACACGUUGAAAAAAUACACUCAGAUAUAACGGAAAUAUAUAUAUUUUGAACAAAAAAAUCUCUGUCUGAUGUAUAUACAAAUUUUCGCAGACCAAAAGCAAAUGAGUAAUUUAAACGCGCGUUUAACAUAAAAAGUAUAUAUUUUUUCGGACCAAACAAAAACGCAAUGCAUACGGCUGUUAACAAGGAAUCUACGAAUAGUUUAUCGCUGAUUAAAAUGAUGAAUUUGUGCGAAAAUGUAUCGCUUUCUUAAUGCACAACAACAUAGAAGCAGAGCAAAAUUACGCAAUUAUCAUCAGUUGUUGUUAUAUUUCGUUAUAUUAAUUAAAAGAAAAGUUGUAAAUGUUGUCGUCAUCAACAACGACGUCAACAACUACUUGUUCGCUGCCAGCAUCAACGCUUCUUCUAUUUUAGUGGUAGCGUAUGAUGGUAUGAACUCAGCUCUACUACGGCUCAACAAAAAUCGUGCGUGUAAAUAUCGUGUGGAACAAAAAUAACAGAGCAACAACCAGAAAUCGGGAGAAAUACAUAAAAAACGCAAAACUAUUUAAUAAUAAUAAUUAUAAUAACAAUAAUAAAAAUAGCAAUAAUAAUUCUCACAACGCUUGUUAAUACGGAAGACAUUAGAGAAAUCCAGAGAUAACCAAAACCUAAACUCCUUCCUGCCAUCAUUCAUCAUUACGUAAAACCGAUUGAAUCAAUCUAUUUUAUUUUGUUUUAACUUAAUUUUAAUAUAUAUAUGCAUACACAUAUAUAUAUACAUAUGCAUUCAUAUACAUACAAAUUGUGUUACAUAUUUCGAUAAUUUAUUUUGCUAAUCAUACAAAAACAACAAAAGGAGAGAGAAAAAUCAUUUUAUUUUGGAUUAAACAUAAACCAUUGUAUAUUUUAAACAACAACAACCAAUAACAAAACGUAACAAAAAACUGCCUUUACCAACCAAACAAAUUAACAAAAACAACAACAACCAGAACCAGAGAAUAAGGACAACAAUUCGAAUAUUUAAAAAUAAAAAACAAACAAAAAAAAUAUAAAAAUACCCACCGAAAAUACUGGGCUUAAAAUUUGUAACGCUUUUAUUUAAACAACAUCAAAAACAUUUGGAAAGCAACAACAAAAAACCCACAAAAUUCCAGACACUAAAUAUUAAAGCAUCUAUUCUUGGGUCAUCGUUUGUUUUGCUACAAACUUGCCACCCUCUAAACUCGUUCGCUGUUUAUUUGGAACCUUCUCCCAUUUUCAUUGAGUGAUUGAAAGCAACGCCAUCUUCAUAUUGUCUUUAAAUUGCUGUUGAAUUGGCCAAUCUGUUGUUCAUUCGGUUUUCCAUUAAAGAGAUAUGGCAACACCUCAAGUCAAAGACUUGGUGUUGCGUUCGCCAGCUGGUUCAUCCGAGGUCAUAACAUUCUCAUGGCCCCUGCAAGUCGGCACCGGCCAAGAUCGUCACGACAAUGGCAUCGAUAUUAUUGAUACAAUUAAAUUUGUAUGCGAUGAACUGCCCAGCAUCUCGUCGGCCUUCGAGGAGAUUAAUCUUAAUCAUAUAGACACUGCCUGUUAUAAGACUAUGACAAAUCUUGUCGAUCGUUUCAAUAAAGCUGUUGACAGUAUUGUUGCAUUGGAAAAAGGAACCUCACUGCCCGCAGAGCGUCUUAAUAAAUUCGCUCAUCCCAGUCUUCUAAGACAUAUUUUACAAUUAGUCUAUAAUUUUGCCGUACUCGAUCCCGAUAAAUUGAACAAUUAUGAACCCUUUUCGCCGGAGGUAUAUGGCGAGACCUCCUACGAAUUGGUGCUGCAGAUGAUCAAACAUGUCAAUGUCACCAACGAUGAUACGUUCAUUGACUUGGGUUCGGGCGUGGGACAAGUUGUCUUACAAAUGGCCGGCUCGUUUCCCCUCAAGACAUGCAUUGGCAUUGAGAAGGCCGACACACCGGCACGUUACGCCGAACGUAUGGAUGUGUUUUUUCGCCAAUUUAUGGCAUGGUUUGGCAAACGUUUCUGCGAAUACAAACUGAUAAAGGGGGAUUUCUUGGUCGAUGAGCAUCGAGAGAAAAUAACCAGCUCAUCAUUGGUGUUUGUCAAUAAUUUUGCAUUCGGACCGAAUGUGGACCAUCAGCUGAAGGAACGUUUCGCCGAUUUAAGAGAUGGUGCCCGUGUGGUGUCAUCAAAAUCUUUUUGCCCUUUGAAUUUUCGCAUAACUGACAGAAAUUUAAGUGACAUAGGCACCAUAAUGCAUGUUAGCGAAAUACCUCCCCUAAAGGGUUCUGUAUCAUGGACGUGUAAACCGGUUUCAUAUUAUCUUCAUGUUAUCGAUCGUACUAUAUUAGAACGUUAUUUUCAACGUCUUAAAACUCAAAAAGGUGCUGAAAACGAUCAUGUGGGUGGAUCGACGCGUACCACUAGGGAUCGUGCCAAGCGUGAAGCUAACAACCAGGCUUUGGGUAAUUCUCAAAAUUCAUCAUUGACAGCUCGCACAAGUUCACCAGCGGCUAAUGCCGCCAAUGGCAUCACAGGCGCUACAGCCACAAUGGCGACGGCCAGCACCAACAGCACCUCUACUGUCACUAAGACUAGGCAACAACAACAGCAGCAACAACAACAGCAGCAGCAACGCUCCAACGAAAUGGAGACCUCUACCGAAAGUGAUGGUGAUGCGUUAACAACAAACGGUGGCAAUAGUAAUGGCAGCGGAGGUCCCAUUACCCGGAAGAAUUGGUCCGAUUGGGCCAGCUCCAAGGGCAAGAGCUCGCAAUCCGACGAAGAGGAAAAUAAUAAUUCUAUAGCAACAACAACAACCGCAUCAUCCACCCGCACUGUUCGUACCACAACACAAAAGAAACGCAAGAAAUUAACUCGCAAAGCGGCCAUUGCUAGCAAAAGUGCUGCUGCUGCCGCCCAAAGGGAGGCUGCGGCCAAGGAGCGUGCCGAAGCAGCCGCUGCAGCCUCCAAAGAUAAUUCCUCCAAGGAGGAUGGCGGUAGUGGUAAUACCACUGGUGGAGCUAAAAGUGCAACUACUUCUGGCGGUCGCAAGGGCCGUCUGAAAAAGGGCGCUGUUCGUGGCAGACGUUGUGCCAACAUUGCCGGUCUGGAAGUAUUGCACAAACAAACUUUGCUCUCCACCUCUGUGGAGGCAAUGAGCAAGAAAUUACCACCUGCACCAGGUUGUGUGGAUCAACAAUUGACCUCAUUGUUGACCCAAAAUAUGGCCCAUCGGGAACUCGAUAUACCCACAUCGCCUCAGGAUACCCCCUAUGCUUUGCAAAUUUUGCUAGAUGUCUUCCGCUCCCAGUACAUGGCCAUGAUCGAACAAAUGAAAUCGAAAGCUUUUGUGCCCAAUAUCAAGAAGCAAAUACAAAUGGAGCAGGAACGCAAACAGCGUAUCAAGAAUCGUGCCUCCCAAUUGGACAAACAGAUAAAGGUGUUGAUAGAUGAUAGUGUGGCUUUGCUGAAAGUGCGCAUGAAUGAAUUGGGCAUCAAUGUAUCUUCGCCCAAUGAUCUGAUAGCUAAGGCCAAGGAAAUCGUUGGACGCCACAAGGAACUGCAGGGUGUCGCGAAGAAGAUUCAAAGUCAGGUUACCGCCUAUGAAAUGGAACAAAGGCGUUUAUUAAAGAAACAAUUACAACAUCUGCCCGAAUAUCAAUGUCUGUAUGGGGCCAAUGGCAAGACAAAGUUACAUGACUUACCGGGUGGCGAACUUUCUGAAGCAGCUGCCCAUGAGCUCGUACUGAAAGAAAUUGCCAAUACCUUGGCGCAAAGAAAGAAAUUGGUGGCCCAAGUGUCCUGCAUAGAAAAGGAAGCCAAGAGCUUGGAAAAGGCUGCCGAAGAGAGAAGAGCUACCGCAACCCUGUUGGCCCAAGGCACAAAUAUCAUAAUGACCAACCCCGCCACUAGUUCAAAUAGCAGCAUGAGUUCCCCAUUGAAUCAACCACUCCAACUUACCACCCACAAUCAUGUCAAUACGAUAUCUAUUAAUCAUGUGUCGAAUACCAACUCGUUGAACUCUUCUUCCUCCAGCGCAUCCGCUGCACCUGUCUCCUCUUUAGUGCCAAACAGUUCAGCAAUGCAACCAUCGAUAACAGUGACGAAAACCACUGGAAAAUCAUCAAGACGAGCACGGGAUCAUCGUUCUCGUUCCCAGGAAUGGCCGGAUGUGCCUGAUGUUGGCAAAAUCGAGGAAAGUAAUCCAGAAGUGCUGGCGCAGAAAAUACUGGAGACGGGCAGAAAAAUUGAAGCCAGCAAGCUGGCCAUGGCAAAUGCGAAACAACAUCAACAGCAGCCCUUGGCUUUGAACAACCAUCAUUAUCAGCAACAGCAGCAAGCGCACCAACAACAUCCGCAGCAGCUGCAGCACCAUCACCUACAUCAGCAGCAGCAGCAUCACCACCAUAAUCAGCAUGCCUCACACUCGCAACCACCUCCACAUCAUCACCCUGAGGAUAAACCAUAUCGCAGCAAACACCAACGUUCUGCGAGCAAUGAGCAUUUGCCAGGCAUACCAUUUUCUGGGCAAUUCUCGCAAGCUCCGCCAGAUGCAUCCGCAUUAAUGCCGGCACCGAAACAUAGAGGGGAACAUCCCCUCAAUGCUGGGCUUACUUCAGUAGCCAACAGCAACAACAACAACAACCUGAAUAACACAAUGCGCCAAAUGAAUGGUCCCUCAAUGGCCAGCAGCAGCACUUUGCCAAAGUGUGAAUUGCCUGGCAUGCGUAAGAGCCAUAGCGCCACUAAUGCCGCAUCUGCCCCAGUGGUUAGCAUUCAGGAGUCUCCCAAAGUGGCCAAUUUUGAAGAUAGACUCAAGAGCAUAAUAACAUCUGCCCUCAAUGAAGACCAAGAGCAGCGCAAGGCUCAGCAAGUGAAUCAAGUACAUGUGGAAGUCUCUCCCGCCACCCAGCAAUCGCCCGCUCCAAAGCGUAGUAAACAUGGGGGCACUGUAGCCUCGUCCUCCUCCUCAGCGAGCAAUGCCCACAGUUCACUGACCAAUAUCAUCAAUGUGGCCACCCAUGGUAUGACCCAUUUAAAUGCUACAACCACAAUAUCGCCCAUAAAUACAGCUUUGCCGCCACCACCGUCGCAAAGUAAAUAUGGACCGCCAACGCCCUCGUCUAAGGCCAUGUUGCAACCCAUCAAUAAUUCAACGUCUUCCGCAGUAGUCAAUUCUGCAGCAUCGUCAAAAGGGGGUUCUUCUUCCACCUCCAAGUAUCAUCCACAUCAUGGGCCUUUAAAUCAUCAAGCAGCAGCGGCUGCAGCAGCCGGGUCACAUCUCAACAACCAUACCUAUGGACAUCCUUCAAUUACUUCGGAGCAUAAUAUGCUUAGAAGACGCAGUUCUGUUAGUGCUGCUAGCUACGAACAAUUCUUAGCCCAACAACAACAACACCAGCAACAGCAGCAGCAUCUUCACCAACAGCAACAACAGAUGCUGUUAAAUUCGAAUAGCCAACAACAUCUGCCAUUGGAAUUUAAGCAACCUCCCUUGGAAAAUCAUCAUCAUUUGGGCCAUCAACAACGCUCGAACAGUCGUGAAAUGCUGCAAAUCGACGAACCAGUGCGCUCAAGUUCGGCCAAUUCCGAUUCAGCUUUACCCUAUUACCCACCAACGCGUGAUCGACUUAUGUCCAUGGAGCGAAGUAAUAGCAGAGAAUCGGCCGCCAUGGCAGCUCAACAUCAUGGAGGACAAGCACAACAGCAGCAACCACCAAGCCGACCAAGUUCGAAUUCGUCCCAACCCGAUUACACACAAGUGUCGCCGGCAAAAAUGGCCUUGAGGCGUCAUCUGUCACAGGAGAAACUUAAUCUGCAUGUACCGCCGGUACAAGGCAAUGGUGGCAGUGGCAAUUCCAUGCCUGCCAUGGCCUCAAAAACUAUUGGCGAUUUGGUUAAUGGAGAAAUCGAGCGAACAUUGGAAAUAACCCAUCAGUCCAUAAUAAAUGCAGCGGUUAAUAUGUCGACGGUGGGAACUGCUUCAGGGGAACGUAAUCCCUAUCUGCUAGAUCGCAGCAUUUAUGCCACUGGCAGCGAACAACAACGUGAAAGAGAUCGCUCCAAUGAGAGGGAGAGAGAGAGGGAAAGGGAACGUGAGCGAGAGCGUGAACGAGAACGAAUGAUAAUCAACAAUAGUGCCCAACGACCAGAACGUGUUCAUGUUAAAGUAGUGGAUGAGCCACAGCAGUUGGCCGCAUCCGCUGGCGGCUAUGCCGAGAUAUCAUCAAGAGCAACGACAGCUUCUGAAACAAAAUCCGCAUAUGCCCACAAUCUAGCCACCUUAGCAAAUGUUGCAUAUCAGCAUAAGUCUAUGGUUGGAUCGAAUGGUGGACCUGCGGGGCCUUCACCGCCCUCAGCGGCACAUCAUGGCCCGGGCACUUCGUCGGGAUCGACGUCUUCUUCUUCAGCUUCGCGGCACUAUAAUAAUCGUGAAAGGGAUGCCACCAAUAUGAACACAUCUGCCGCCUAUCCACAUUUGCCCUCGAGCUCUGGCAAGGUUUCGUCGAACAGUGGAAAUUCUGCAUCCUCAUCGACUAACAGAGACUACCAGCCGGUUGCCUUGCCAAGGGCUGAAAUGAAACCUUGUAUAGAGGCAUAUUUUCAAGAAGAACAGCACCACCCACAGCAGCAACAAAUGCCACACCAUCAUCAUCAUACGUCUAGCUCAACUCAUUCACACAAAUCCAGCAAGGAUAAACAUUCGAGUAGGAAUAAUCGUUUAAACGGCACCAAUCCUCCGCUUGAAGGCUUGGCCGCUUCCUUGAUGGCUUCACAUGGCCGCUUCCUUGAUGGCAAAUUUCGCGAAGAACAUGAGGAACGACAAAAAAGAGCUGCGGCUGCCUCUACCUCAAAUAGUGGUAAUGCCUCCAAUACCAGCAGUAGUGGACACAACAACGACCACAAUAUAAAUUCCGGCCAACAACAACAACAUAAUCGACAUGCAGAACAUUAUGGUACCAACUCGUAUGGCCAACAACAGCAGCAGCAACCAACAUCUUCCAAUCACAAUAGCCACCAUCACAAUGGAUCUCCCAUGAAGGUGGAACUUGGUGUGAAAAGAACCUCACCUAUGACCAAUCAUCAUCCAAGGGCGGCAAAGAUACCCCACUAUUCGCAUGAACAGAACCCAAUGGCGCACACAAGUUCUGGUGGAGGAAAUAAUAAUCAUCCUCUUCACCAUCAGCAGCAGUCGCAGCAUCAUCAACAAACACAACAUCAUGCUAGCCAUCAUCACCAUCAUCCUGGCCAAGCAGCGUCUUCAACAUCCUUGGGCAAUCCUUAUGCAAAUACAAAUGGAGGAUUGCCAAGCAAUGCACAUGGACACCAUAAUGCUAGUGGUUAUCCACCGCAUUCGCAUUCGCCCUCGUCUUCGUCAUCAUCGUCUUCAGCACAUAGACGUGGUAAUAAUAAAUUGAACAUGGAACCUUUACUCAUGAGUCCCGAAAUCAAUUCAAUUAUGGGCGGUGAUGAUGUACAGCGUUCUUUGCAGCAGAAUUCAGCAGCAGCAACUAAGCCUAUGGCGUCGUCAUCAUCAUCGGCCAGUAAUAGAACUGCUGUUAAUAAUAGCCAUCAUCAUCACCAUCAUAAACAACAACAACAGCAUGGCCAUUAUCAACAGCAGCAACAACAACAACACCACCUUAAUAAUAAUAACCACCACCACCAACAUCAAAAUCAUCACAGCCAACAGCAACAACAGCAUCAUUCUUCCUCCUCCAACACUAUGAACAACAGCAAUAUUCACAACAACAACAGUCAUCAGCAACAUCAUCAACAACAACAACAACAUUUAUCACAUAAUUCGGCAAGCAAUACCUCUGCUGCAGCAGCUCUGACAAACACAAAUUCUGUUGUGGGAGGUCGUGCCGCAGAUGAUGAUGACGUUAUCGCAGCAGAUGAUGAAUCACAUUGGCAACAUCGUGUCAGCUCGGGGUUUGAUCGUUUGGUAGCCUUUGCCUCCACAGAAUUGGAUAAAACCAGGCGUUCCAUCGACAACGAUACAGUGCCGUCUUCGAUCAGCUGCAACACAUCGCCGGAUUCGGGCAUAACACAUAGCAGCAGCAAUUCGGAGGCGGCACGCACAUUCCUGUCCACCUCCUCAACAUCAUCGCAAUUGGAUUUGCCCAUUAGUAGUGGCAGCAGCACCUCGAGUGGCAAUAGCAGUUUCCUGGGCGGCCAUCAUAGUCAUCAUCACAAUCACUCGAUGCAUCAUCACAAUUCACAUCCGGAUCAUUUGAGUGACAGCAGCAUGAAAUCCUCACAUUCGGAUCUUAACUCUUUGCCAAUAGCAUUGAAAAAUUGUUCUUCACCCCAAGAUCCGAGUGCCAUUGAGAGUCCUCCGCUAUCGGAUAUGGGUUUGCCGCGCACACCCAGUCCUAGUGUGAAUACACCACCACCGGGAGGUGUGGUUGUGGGCGAGCAAAUCAAUAACUUGAAAAUCCCUUUGAAAUAUCAACGCAAAUCCAAAUCAUCGCUGGAGAAACAUUACAAGAAGAAAUUUUGUGAACGUAACUGGGAAUAUGAUUGCGAUGAGAUUUUGGCCUAUUCCAAUUCUUCGUCAACCGCAGCAGCUGAUGCGGCGGGACCCACGCACAAUGGUCCUUUGUUAGAAGGCUCCGGCACUGACCAGCUGGAUGGUGGUUUACACAACAACAAAGACCUUGAUUGUAUGAAUUCCAACGCCUUGGGGGCCUUAGAACAACAUACGCAACAUCACAAGUCCUCAAAAUUUCGCCCCAAGGGCAAGGAUUGGGAUUGGUCCAUGGAUAGUAACAGCAGCAAUCCCAGCAACAUGGGCCAAACGAAAAUGAAAUCCUCCGAAUUGUUGGCAACAAGUAUGGGCCCCACAACAGCGGCGCCCUCAUCUGCAAAUGCAAUGCAUUCACAAAAGGCUUCCUCCAUAAUUUAAAUGUUGGCCGGCAGUAGUGAUGGGCGCUUGGUAUAUAAAGGAUGACCACUAAAAAAAUUUUUUUAAUUACUUGUUUCCCUCGAUUUUGUUUAAAAUGUGCGAAUGUGUUUUUUUUUCUUUUGUUUAGUAUUAAACUUGUUUUUUGUAUAAUUUUUUAAAUUUAAUUAAAUAGUUUGUAUUUUUAAUUGAUAUUUGUUU